AUGGAGCAGGCUGUUGGUGUGAGCCUCGUAGCUCUCACGGCCGCGCAAGCGAUAUGGUACCGGCUGGGGCUGCAAGCUCCGUUUGCUUACGAUCGCGACCAAGUCUUUCAAGAGCACCCAGACUGGAGGGUCACACACAACGAAGCAGAUGGACCUGAUAUAACCAACGUUCUCAUCUACGGCGCAUCAACAUCAGUGGCACUAUAUGCCGCGCAUAUGGUAAGACUCAGCGCUGAUUCCAGCGGCAAAGCUAUCAGAUUGUACGGCGUCGCUAGUGAAGCUCGAUGGGAGUCUCUCAAAACGAAGCCCUACGGGUAUAAUGCUCCCGUGGAAUAUCGAGACCUCCGUUGGUCAGGGCGGAUCAGAGAGCUCACAGGAGGUGUUGGCAUUCAUUAUGCAUUCGAUUGCAUCUCUGAGGGUACCUCCGUCGAGCGCAUAUGUUCGACCCCCGCACGCAACGGAAAGGUAGCCAUUGCCCGAUCUCGCGAAGGCAGAGCUUGGAAGGCGCCCAACAUUUCGGUUAAGCCAAGUUACGGCGCAGUGUGGGAGGGUUUGGGCGAAGAGGUCGAAUACCACGGCUUCACUGUGCGACGAUCGCCAACUGCGCGUGGGUUCGCGGUGGCGUUUUACGCAUGGCUCAACGGUCGUAUGGACUCCGCGUUGAGUCCAGCUCCGAUCAGAUUGAUGCCGGGUGGUCUAGAAAGCGUGGUUCAGGAUGACUUCCAGUUGCUUGUUGCGGGUGGUAUGGAGGAAAGACGUGCCAUCCGCACUGAACCGUGGAUGCGACCUGUCAGCGCUGAGAAGCUUGUCUACGGUAUCUAA